AUGGCCGACGAUUGGGAACCUCCCCUCCCCGCAGGCUACAACGAUGCCAACCGCGCCUUCCUGCAAGCCUUCAUGGCGCGGGGCACGCUCACCUUCCGCGAAGGCCAAAAAAUCCUAGCCGCCAUCAAAGGCGCGCUCGAAGACGACGACACGGUCGUCCCCCCGCAAUCCAUCACCAUGACCGACUUCGAGAACUUCAUCCGCGCGGCGCGCGAGGCGGUCGAGCCGCUCGACUACGACAUCCGCAACAUGCGCGAUCAGGUGCACGGCCGCGGCGGCGAGCGCGUGUGGGCCUUCAUCAACGCCCACAGCGACCCGGCCACCCAGAUGGCUACCGCCCGCAGCCCCGAGGAGGUCGCCUACGUGAAACGCCUGCUCGACGCCAUGUUUGAGCAGUACAACACCCCGCGCAUGGAGGUCAUGGCCGUGGAUGAGGGCCAGGCGUUGAGGGUGUCGCGGCCGGCGGCGGCGGCGGCGAGGCGCGACAUGAUGGUGAGGGUGGGGAGGGGGGAUGGGGAUAGCACGGCUGCGGCGGUUUAG